CAAUCAAUCGCAAUCCAACAAAGAGAUAAUUUCAUUCUCUUUACUAAAAGAAUCCAAGUUGAAGUCCAAUGGCACUCUACGGUUAUAAGGCUAAGCUACAAUAACCUAUCCCAAAUAAAAAUAAAUCAUUUGUUUUUAAUAGUUUGAAAUGAAAUAGCAGUGUUAUAUUUAGUUUUACUACAACUUUUACUUUACACCAGACUUCAGUAUCUGUCAAAUUCCAUUAGAUCAAGUUUAUAUAAAUAACUUUCUGCGACUGUGACUUUCAACUUUCAACAUUUAUCAUUUACAUACCUAUUUGGCAUUUGUUAAUAACAUGUUUAAUUAUAUACCUACAUAAUUUAUAUCUUAUAUAGAUCUCAUAUUUUAUUCAUCUAUUAAAUGCAUGUUGCGAGCUUCUGGUAUUUGUAUCACAUUUGACUUUUGUUUUUAUCAGUUUGUUAUCAUAUUUUUACUCAACAGUCAACAACUUUAUCUGUUUGAUGUUUAGUUAUUUCAUAUUACUGUUCUGUUAGUAACUGAUAGGGAAUUCAGACAGUUAUUUUUCGGGUUUUGAGUAGGCCUAAGCACUUAUAAUGGCAGCUUCUUCUUCAGAGCUUCAGAGCCUAGACUUGUUGAUAUCAAAGAAUUUGUCGAGUGUUGAAUUACAAGAAUACAACAGAAUUCACUAUGGCCGCACCCACCAUCACGAACUGAACGUAAAGGAAAGCAGCCAAGAAUCUGCAAAGGAAAAUGGUUUCGAAAUUGCUUCCUAUGACUUUCCGACCAAGAAAGAAGAAACUAGAAGUCCACGCAUAGUAAGAGUUGGUGUUGUUCAAAAUACUAUAGCUACAUCCACCGAUAAACCAAUAGCGGUACAGAGACAAGCUAUUUUUGAUAAAAUUCGCAAAAUCAUAGAAGUAGCUGGAGAGGAAGAUGUGAAUGUACUUUGUUUACAAGAAGCUUGGAGUAUGCCAUUUGCUUUUUGCACAAGGGAGAAGCAACCUUGGUGUGAAUUUGCUGAAUCUGCUGUAAAUGGGCCAAGUACUCAAUUCUUAAAAGAUUUAGCCAUCAAAUAUGGGAUGGUUAUUGUAUCACCAAUCUUAGAAAGAGAUGAAGUUCAUGGAGACACUAUCUGGAACACUGCUGUGGUCAUUAAUGAAGUAGGAAAGGUAAUUGGAAAGCAUCGCAAGAACCAUAUUCCCCGUGUUGGAGAUUUUAAUGAAUCUACUUACUACUUUGAGGGAAAUACUGGCCACCCAGUGUUUGACACAAAAUAUGGCAAGAUAGCUAUUAACAUUUGUUAUGGCCGUCACCACCCACUUAACUGGCUUAUGUUUGGAGUCAAUGGUGCUGAAAUUGUGUUCAACCCUUCAGCUACUGUAGCAGGAUUGAGUGAACACCUGUGGGCUGUUGAAGCCAGAAAUGCUGCUAUAGCAAACAGCUAUUUUACAUUUGCUAUCAAUAGAGUUGGAACUGAAUCAUUCCCUAAUGAAUUUACAUCUGGAGAUGGUAAGCCAGCCCAUAAAGACUUUGGACAUUUCUAUGGAUCCAGCUACUGCACUGCUCCUGAUGGUGCCAGAACUCCAUCUUUGUCCAGAGUAAAGGAUGGCUUGCUGAUAAGCCAGAUAGAUCUCAAUCUGUGCAGGCAGAUCAAGGAUAAAUGGGGCUUCACAAUGACCCAGCGUCUCGAUUUAUAUGCAGACAGCCUCAACAAAGCUGUCAAACAUGAUUUUGUACCUCAAGUUGUUUCCAACAACUAAUGCUGAUCAUACACAGCUUCUAUGUUGUUUGAUUGUGUUAUAAAUGGUGCUAAUUUGUUGUGUUGAUAUUUUUUAAGCUUAAAUGUACACUUUAAAAUUGUUAUCACAAAUUAUUUUUUUAAAUGGUGUUGUAAUCUAAUGUAAUGUCUUUACUAAUUGUCUAUUUUUAUAUGUUAUGUUUUAAAAGUAUACAACUUGUUAUAUCAUAAA